GAACUGCAGGUACGUGUUGGUAUCAUUCUAUUUUUGGUGAAAAAGCGAAGAAAUGCACUACCCCCUGCAACUACUCGUCGGGAAAUGCAAGCGGCUCUCAGUAAACGCGGCGACUGAUUGCCGCGCCACAAGCCGCCUCUUCAUAACCGACAAAAGGUCAAAAUUGCAGUUCCUUAUUGAUACCGGUUCCGACCUCUGCGUGGUGCCACGUGGGAAUUGGCCCGAUGGCAAACCGACUGAGUACAGCCUCACCGCUGCCAACGGCACUCCUAUUCAGACAUAUGGGACCGUCACGCUGCACCUUGACCUGGGCCUACGGCGAGACUUCGUGUGGAACUUCGUGGUAGCUAGCGUAGGCAAGCCGAUCAUCGGAGCAGAUCUCCUCGCACACUAUGGGUUGCUCGUGGACUGUCAGGACGGUAGAUUGAUAGACAAGCUCACCUCUCUCUCCUCAGCAGCCAUACGGAUGAAAUGCGACAUCUCCAGCAUCAAGACGAUUUCCGGUGACAGCGAGUACCACGCCCUGCUGUCAAAGUACUCGCAACUCACCAAACCGUCAGGCAUCACACGUCAAGUGAAGCAUAACACCGUACAUUUUAUCCGUACCUCACCAGGGCCUCCAGUAUUUUCCAGACCACGCCGCCUGGCUCCCGAUAGGCUGAAGGUGGCUAAGGAGCAGUUCGAAGAGAUGGUUAGAGACGGCACCGCUCGUCGCUCCGAUUCACCCUGGGCUUCUGCGCUCCACCUCGCUCCAAAGAAGGACGGCUGGAGACCUUGCGGGGACUACCGCGCGCUUAACGCGCGAACAAUCCCGGACAGAAGCCACAGCGAGCACCUGGAGCACCUGGAGCAGGUUUUCAAACGCCUGGCAGAGUACGGUCUGCUUAUCAACGAGAGGAAAUGCGUGUUUGGUCUAGGGCGUUUCAUCCCACACGCUGCUGAGGAGCAAGCACCACUUCACGACCUGCUAGCUGGUCCAAAGGUCAAGGGCUCGCAUCCCAUCAGCUGGACUCCUGAACUUCUCCAAGUUUUCGCCAGCUGCAAAGCAAGUAUCGUUAGAUGUACCCUACUCGCUCACCCAGUAUUGAAUGCACCUCUAGCUCUCGUCUGUGAUGCCUCAAACUCAGCCUUGGGCUCGGUGCUUCAACAAUUGGUGGACAAAGAAUGGCAGCCACUCGCAUUUUUCUCGAAGAAGAUGAACAAGGCCCAGUCUCGUUACAGCGCGUACGACAGGGAACUUCUGGCAGUGUACGAAAGCGUCAAGCAUUUCAGGUUCAUGGUUGAAGGCAGGCAUUUUGUGAUCUACACCGACCAUAAACCAAUCACAUACGCUUUCCAGCAGAGAGACCGUCACUGUUCGCCUCGCCAGUUAAAUCAGCUCGAUUUCAUCUCACAAUUCACCACCGAUAUCAGACACAUAUCUGGUAAGGAAAACAUUACAGCAGAUGCCCUUUCUCGGAUCGAGGCCAUUUCGAAGCCACCUGAUGUGGAGACCCUGGCUCGUUCGCAGAAAGCAGAUCCUGAGAUGCAAGAGCUCCUGAACCCCAACAACUCCUCCAUCGCUCUGAAGGAAGUUCAAGUACCAGGGACCCUCAUCACGUUGGUCUGUGACGUCUCACAGUCUAGGCCUCGUCCCUAUGUACCACGCGAGCUACGAAGGCAGAUCUUCGAUGCCAUACACUGUCUGAGUCAUCCAGGUGUGAAGACAACAACCAAGCUGGUCACGGAAAGCUGUGGACAGGUUCACACGCUGGCCUGA